AUGGCAAAUUUCAGAGCUUUAUCCAAAUGCAUUUCCAAUGAAAAAACAUUCUUAGAAAGUGCAUGGAUUUUUAGGGGGUUCGUCUCUGCCACAAGUCCAUCUCACAGAGCUGCGAAGAUUGAUAAAGAGACAUGUGGAAAAGUGAUCGAAGCUGCAGAAUCAGUGAAAGAUGGCACACAAGAAGUGGUUCAAGAAGUAAAACGUGUUGGUAAAUUUGUCACAGACAAAAUCGCCCAUACUGCUGGAACUGUGAUUGCCGAUGCAGCUAAAAAGGGACUUGAGAAAGCUGCAGAGACAGCUGAUACUAAAAAAGGAAAAGAUGUUUGGGACACUGCUAAGGUUGCCACUGAAGCUUUCAAGGACAAACUAGAUAAUAAAAAAGACUAG